AUGGAUUACUUCGACUUCAACAUGAAGCUACCCGCAGAAUGGGCAACAGACGACGAGGCAGGGACAGAGCCCAUUGCGCAAACUCCGGUCGGCACACCCAUGGAGAGGCCCGCGACGGGCAGCUCCUCGGGCCACGUAACGGUGUCGGUCUCACAUGCCUUCCAUCCGUAUACCUCCUUCGAUGACCUCGUCCCAGACAUCAUUCUCGUCUCACCCGAUCAGGUUUUCUUCUACGUGCAUCACCACAAGCCCGCAGAGAUACUCAACAUCAUCCUGACCACCGUCUACGGGCUGUCCGCCAAGGAGUACCAGCCCUCUUUCGAGACGAUCUCCACUGCACUUGACGCCCUGGCGCGGUACGGCCUCGAGCCGAAGCGAUACGCCAGUGUGAAAAUGCCCCUGUACGACCUCGUCGUCGCGUGCGCGCCACUGCGCUCGAUCGACACCUACGCGCUCGCGGCGGCGCACGACCUCCCCGAUGUCGCGACGGCCGCCUCCGCGCACCUCCUCCCGUUCCCACUCACCAUGAUCUCUGACGAGCUUGCGAUGCGCAUCGGCUCGGUGUACCUCAAGAAGCUGUUCUUCCUGCACUUCGGCCGCAUCGAGGCUUUGAAGCACCUGCUGCUCCACCCGCCCAGCACCCAUCCAGAUACCCCGGAGUGCUCAGCAGCGCAGCAGCAGUGCCUGACGCGCUCGUGGGCGUUGGUGGCUGCCCAUAUCAUGUGGGAGGCUGGGCCCAAUCUAUCGACGUAUUUGCUGCAGGCUGCGUUGCUGCCCCUCCAAAAGGAGCUGACGUGUUCCGAGUGUCGAUUGGCCCUCCGCGAUCGUAUAGCGCGCUUGGUAGUCGGCUGGGCGUGUGUGAAGAGGACCAUCUAG